AUGAGACGGGAGGGGCGAAGGACCGACAAAACGUGGAUGAAGAACCACCCGAUGGAGGGCGACGACAUUGUCACGAGCUUCUACGACGUUUUGUGCAAGCGUAACCCCAGGACGAUGAAGCCUUGCCGCAAUGUGUUUGUGCCUGACACGGUGGUGUACGAGCGCAGCUUUCCACGCGGGUGGUACACGACGGACGUGAGGGCGCGCGAGGUGAUGCGGAGGCAGGGCAAGGACCUCGACGCCGCCACGAUCGAGGCGAGCUUUGGUCGGAAGGUGAGCGACACGUGCCCCAUUGUGGCGACGUACCUUUCGACGCUGGAGGAGUGCAUGGGCAACGGCGUCAGCGAGACCACGACGCAGGUGGAGGUGCUCAACACGGAGAGCGUCGGCGGCUUCAUCGCGCGCAAGAAGAAGCGUGAGGGUAUCCUGCAGCGCUUCGUGUUGCCGAAGGGGUACCACAACAGCGUCAUCAGGGCUGUGUGGAGCCCCCGCGUCGCCAUGGUGCAGCGGCGCACGAACCGGUUCCCCAUCAUGGACCGCAAGCGCGCGGAGAAGGAUCCCUUUGCCAUCGCAGUGACGUACGAGGGACCGGAGUACCUGAGCGAGGAGGGCACCGUGUCGGCGCACGUCGCGUUGGGGGUGAAGAGCGUGUGUGCCGAAAUCGUCACGCACUUCUUCUAUACGGAGCACAAGCACAUCACGCGGAUGGUUCUGUACUUCAAGAGCGACGCGAGGGACCGGCUGUGGCUCCUGUGGUGCGGCUCGCUGCGUGUGGCGGACCGCAACUCGGCGAGCGAGAUGCCGGUGAACCUUGCGCCGAGGUUUGGUGAGCCGGCGCCUGAGGGCGAACUGGACGAGGAUGAGGUGCUGCGCACUGCCGACAGGGCGUACUUCCUUGUGACCCGCGACGAGUUCUUUCACGGGACGUACAUGCGCGGCAAUGGCCCGCUGGCAACGGACGCGGCGCGCCCGGGGGAAUCGCGGACGCAGGCGUCGGUGACAUCGGGAGGGCGGGGGGCGGGUGAGGGCGGGGACGCGACGAUGCCGAGGGGCGACGAAGACGGGGAUUACGUGCCGGCGGAGCUGAGGGUCUCUAUGGAGCGGCUGCAUGUGCAGGAGGAAUUGGUGCUGGAUGCUUUCCGCGAUGUCUUCUACAGGGCGUACAGUCACUUCCUCAGCGGAGACGCCGUGCCCUUUGAGCUGCGGGUGCCCCCGCACGUGGUGAGUGUUCUCACGGAGGGCUGCGUGGCGGACCUCAUGCGGGUGCUGAAGCUGCGCGCGGUUCCCUGCGCGGGGGGGGAGAGCGAGGGGGCGGGGGAGGGCGCGAUGGUGUACACGAUCCCGCCGCUCCACCGGACGCCCCUGACGCAGCUGGGCGACACUGCGGCGAACUGGAUCAGGGAGCACUUUGCUUCUCGCUGGGAGGCGCUGAGGCGGGGUGUAAUAGCCGGUGGCGUGCCAUCGUGUGUGCCGUCCGCUGGUGCUGCUGCGGAGCAGGUGGAGCGGCGGGUCGGGGACGGCCAGGGCACGGACUCUCGGACGGAAGCUGAUGCAACUGGAGCCUGUGGCGGCACCGUGGACCCCUGUGACACUGCGCGGGAGCUGUGA